CCUUAACAUUUUCAGAGGGAAGAAAGAUGGAACGAUCAAAUUUAACUAAAAGAUGUGUAUAUGUUGAAGACCCGAAUGGAAAAUUGAAUCAGGAUGACAUGAGAAAACAUUUUUCGUCGGCCAAACAAAUUUCUACGAUUAAAAGUCCGUCGCCAAAUGAGGACGACCCAACAAAACAUUGGUUGUUUCUGUUUGCUUCUGAAGAUGAGGCUGAAGAUGUUGUUCAAAAGAAAAGGUUUAAGGUUGAAGAUGGCUAUUAUCUUAUGAUACAUCAAUGUCAGAGACCAUGUGAUGUACCACAUGACUGGUUUCAGGAAGAAAGUUCAGGAGACUUUUUUGACAUAGCAGGAGCAACAAACCAACUGGAAGAAACAACAAACCAACCACCAAAUUAUGAUGACAUAUAUCCUACAGAAGAUAUGCCAAUGCCAGGACCAACUUUUCCACAGCAACCCCAUGGUGACCAAGGUCAGCAGCCAUAUGGGCCAUACCCAGGACCAGGACCAGGCUAUCCUUACAACCAUCCACAUCAGCUACCACCAUAUGGAGGACACUCAUCACAACCAGAUUUACAGGGACCACUGUCUCAUCCAGAUUUGAAAAGACCACAAUCUGAGCAUGAGAUGAAUAGACCUCCACCUGGUGAUAAAAUGCCCAAAAUAGAAUAUCCACAAGUACCAGGAGAAUACAAUCAACUUGGAGGAUACAUGCCACCUGAAGUCCUCAUGCCACCUGGAGCAUACAUGCCUUGGCCAUAUCAAUAUAAUGGACCUCAGGAACAAGAUACAAGUGAGAAAAAAGGUCCAGAUGAUGUUCCAGGUCCCUCUGUUCAGCCUUAUCCUUUUUAUCCACAUUAUUAUCAAGGUUAUCAUGGAUAUCCAGUCCCUCCAAACUAUCCUUAUCCACAAGAUGAUGGACAUCAAUAUCAAACAAAAGGCCAACAGCAUCCACAACCUCAUAUGGGACCACAAAAUAUGCCAAUGGGACCAAAUAAUCCUUAUCAACAUCAGGGUCACAUGAGAAUGCCACAACCUGGACAAGGAGGAAUAAUUCCACAUUAUCCUCCAGGUGGGCCACCAGUAGACCUGGACCAUACUAAUGUUAAAAGCCCAAUUCAUAAACCAGUGACUACACAAGAAGAGAAUCCAGAAAAGACUGAUGGGUAUAACUCUGAUGCAUCAUAUAAAUCAGCAUCAUAUAACAAGGAUGAGGAGAUAGACUUUGAAUCAGUGGAAGCUAGCAGAGUAACUGAAUGCUAUCAAGAGACUUCACCUACCAAUAAAGGGGAGAAAAAAGAAACUGUUGAGGAGAGCAUCAAGAUGAUAAAAGUCUCUAACAUUCCUAGUGGGUCCUCAGAAGAUUCCAUCAGAUUUUUCUUUGAAAACAAGAGAAAGUCAGGAGGAGGUGACAUUGAAGAUCUUGAUUAUGAUGAAGACAGUCAUACUGCUAUUAUUACAUUUGAGGAGGAGGAUGUUGCUGAACGUGUUGUAAGCCGAAUGCCAUUUCUGUUUGAGAAGAAGAAGAUUGAUGUUGAAAUAUUUCAACCACGUUCUCCGACACCAGACGUAGAGGAAGAUGCACAAGCAUCAGGGGAUGAAGAUGCGGCAGACAUGCCCACUGAGUUUGUUAUAGAAGUAAGGGGAAUGAAACCAACCACUUCUGAAGAUACCAUAAGAUACUAUUUUGAAAGCCGCAAAGUUGCAAAUGCUGACGUUGUAAAGAUGGAAUUUAUUGAAGAAAAAGCAAUGUACAUGGUCUGGUUUGAGGAAGAAAGUGCCAUUGAAGCAGUAAUGAAUAAAAGUCUUCGAGUUGAUGGCCAGACACUUAAUGCAAAACGAUAUGUGGCACCACCACCGCCAAAACCGGUUCCAAAGUAUGAUAAUAAAGUGUUCAUUACUAAUAUUAGUCCCACAACCACUAAAGAUGGGCUGGAGAAUUUUCUUGAAGCUAAGUCUAAAGGUAUUCCAGAGGAGAUUAUAUUUGGGGAGGCAGAAGGAACAGCCUUAGUUACAUUUGAACAACCACCAGAUAUGGAGAAAUUACAGACAGCCUGUAUGAAGAGAAAAUUGGAUGGCAGCCAUCUUAAUAUACAUAGAGUCCCAAUAACAGACUGUAUUGUUGUCACUGGAUACAAAGACAAUACAUCAUCAGACACAAUGGAAUACUACUUUGACAAUAAAAGGCGAUCAGGGGUCGAAGGUAUAAGGGAAGUGAAGUUAGUUGAAGAUGAAGGGAAAUUUCUGGUGUACUUCCUUGAUCCUGAGAGUGCACUUGAGGUGUGUAAGAGAGAACACAAAGUUGAAGGUCAAAUACUGAAAGUACAAGUGUACUAUGAAUGUCUAGGUCAGGCUUCUGUAGAUGAUGAUGGACCAAAGUUUAAAUCCCUUAAACCAACUGUGAUACCCAACAUAGAUCCAAAGAUGAUUGAAUUCCUCCUGAAUUCCAAAACAAAUAAAGAGGCUUUUGAGAAACAGCUUUCACGACACUAUGCAGUUGUCGAGUGGCCAGAUAGUAAAGAGAUAAAGGAUAAGCUUGAUGUUAACUGUACUUUAACUGAAGAAGAAAAGGAUUGCAGAAAAUUGGCCAAGACCUGGGCUAAAACAGUGAAAACAGAAGCUGAGAAAUUUUUCAGCAUGCUGACCGUAAAAGAAAUCCAAACCUUGCAGGAAGCUUGGGUUGAUGUGCUGAAACAUUUAAAAGAAAUCAGUAUUUCUAAUCCUGAAAGUGUAGCCAUCAGAAUUGUCAAAGAGGAAUGUAAGAUUGUUAUCGUAGGUCAUAAGAUGCCUGUUGAUGAGGUAGCAGAAAAAGUUGAGAUUAUCAUGCAAGAUGUUGCUGCGGAGCAUGAUAGGAGAAAACUUCAAGUUACGGAAGAAGUUGGUCUGAAGCACUUUCAGCUUCUUGUAUUGCUGUAUUUACAUUUUUUGGAUAAAAUGAAAAAGGAAUUUGAAGGACUUAGUGUUCAUGUAAAUAUGAAAAAGCAUAUAAUGAUUUUUACAGGAAUGACAAGUCAUGUUAAUGCGGCUAAGGUCAAGAUGUUUGAACAGAUUCAGGAAAUAACUAAUGCAAAUGCUGGGAAAUUUACUGAUGGCUUUAUAGAAUUUUUGAAAAUACCAGAGGUGAAAACAUAUGUAGGUCAGCAAAUUAAGCAGAAGGGAGUUUUAGGGGUUUGGAAUGUAGAAGAAGGCAAUGUUAUAACCAUGUAUUCUUUGUCAGACGAGGGUGCUGUGACUGCUUGUAAUGUGCUAAAGAAAUCAAUCAUUGAAGCUCCAAUAAACCUUGAUGACAAACAGAGUGCUUUGAUAGGUUCUGACGUAUGGAAUGAUGAAAUCAAGAAUGUAGAAAUGGAAUACCAGAAGGCUUUGGUUAAAAUUGUUGUGACUGAUCCAAAAACUAUUGUUAUAUAUCAGACUUCAGAAGAAGACGAAGGAAUUGUGAAAGAAAAAAUCAAUGACAUCUUUUACCACCAUGCUGUAUCUGAGGAAAAGCUACAACUGCCAAGUUCAGAGUUACGAUUGUUACAAGAACAGUAUCAAUCAGAAUUAAAUACACUUAAAGAACAGUUUGCAAGAGAUCAUGUGACCCUGAAUAUUGAUAAUAUCCGUGUUUUUAUUCAGGGAAAUUCAAAAGGAGUCAAAGAUGCUAAGCAGAAGAUUGAUGAAAUACUUGGAUCUAUUCAUAAAAAGAAAUACACCAUGAAAAAAGCUGGCAUUGUGAAACAUAUGACAAGUGACCAGGGCCAAACCAAAAUCAGUCAAGUGGAGAAAAGGAACAAAGUUGUAGUACAUCUACAGACUGGUGAAGAUAGUGAUGAUGAGGACAGACGUCCUGCUGAUCCAACCUCACCAAGGAAAACAUACACAGAGACAGCUAUGUGUAAAAUACCUUCAGGGCAGACGAUUAUCACAGUUGUGGGUGAUAUUACAGAACUUGAUGUCGAUGUUAUUGUUAAUGCUGCUAAUAAAGAACUGAAACAUGUGGGAGGACUGGCUAAAGUUAUUGUUGACAAAGGUGGCAAAAGCAUACAAAAAGAGUGUGAUGCUUAUGUUGGUUCAAAAAACAAAUCCAAGAUGUAUGAAGGAGAAAUAUUCUGCAGUUCUCCUGGUAACCUCAACUGCAAAAUGAUUGCUCAUGCAGUUGGACCUGUAUGGCAGAAUGGUCGCCAACAAGAAGAUGAAUAUUUGAGUGAAUGUAUACAGGCAUCUUUAGAGAAAAUGGAAGAUAAGAAAUAUAGAAGUAUAGCAAUUCCAGCUUUAUGUACUGGUAUUUUUGGCUAUCCCGCAAAUAAAGCUACCAAAGUUAUUGUAGAGGCUAUCCGUGAUUACAUGAGAGAGAAUGGAACUACAACACCAGUACAACAGAUCUACUUAUGUGAUGUUAAAGAAGAUCUUGUCGACCAUUUUGAAUCUGCUCUGGAGAGAUUUUUUGAUAAAGUUAAUGUUAAAAAGCAGAGAGGCAGAUCUGGCCUUGUUAGUAGUCCGCCAGUUAGAUCCAGACAUGCUUCUCAUGACUAUGGGCCAAGUCCAUCACCAAGGAGACCAUCAAGUCCAGGAAGCCAUAUAUCAGUCACACUUGUGAAAGGUCAAAUUGCUUCACAGGAGGUUGAUGUAAUAGUUAACACAACAUCCACAAGUCUUCAGUUGAACCAAGGAGCCGUGUCACAGUCCCUUCUGAAAAUGGGUGGUCCAGGAAUACAGGCAGAAUGCAGCCAGCAAUAUCCCACUGGCAUACAGCCUGGAGAGGUAGCUGAAACUUCAGGGGGCAAGUUAGAGUGUAAAAUUAUCUGUCAUGGUGCCCUGCCUGGCUUUAAUGGUGCAACAGCUAUGAAGAUUAUGGAAACCUUUAUGAAGAACUGCCUACAGAUUGCCAAUGACCAUAGAUUUGUUUCUGUUGCAUUCCCUGCCCUAGGAACUGGAAAUCUUGGAUAUCCUAAAAACCAAGUGGCUAAGAAUAUGUUUUCCUGUGUUGACCGAUUCUCCAGUAGUCAUCCUAAAUCAUCUGUUUGUGAUGUUAGAUUUGUAGUAUACGAAAAAGAUUACCCAACUAUCAAGGCAUUUGAGGAAGAACAAAGAAAAAGACAGAGUGGAGAUUACGUCAGUAGAGAGACAAGAAAUCUUGGUCCUGGUGAUACAACAGAUCAAGAUCAAGGAGCAUCAGGUGGGUGGCAGCAGAGAGCUUUAGCUGACAAUAGACAGGCUAGUGUUGACAUUGGAGAUUUGACCUUGAAAGUUUACCAAGGGGACUUAACUGAGGCCACUGUUGAUGUAAUUGUAAAUGGGACAAACAAAGAACUAGAUUUGACGAGAGGUGGUGUGUCUCAAGCUAUUCUCAAGAAAGGAGGAAGAGAAUUGUCACAGCUGUUGUCAGUUCCAGCAGCUAAGAAAGAAAUGAAGCGGGAAGGUGUGGCCACAACAACAGCAGGAAGAAAUUUCUCUUGUGACUUUAUCAUACAUAUCAAUAUGGAAGACAGUCAUGUGGACUUGAAGGAUAAAUUUAAAACUGUCCUGGAAAAAGUUGAUGAAUUGAACAAGAAAUCAGUAGCAUUGCCAGCUUUAGGAGCAGGAAUAAGCUAUGCCAUAGACAAGGUUGCAGAGAGUCUGUUUGAAGCUUUGAUCAGUUUUCAGAAGAAGAACACAGAUGUUUCUGAAGUUCAUGUAGUAAUUUAUGAGAAGGAGAAAGUAUCUCAAUUCCUAGCAGCAAUGCAGAACUGCAUACAGACGCAGAGUAACCAAUCCCAAGGACUUUUCAGCAGAUUUAAAGGAAUGCUUGGAUAUGGAGAGAAGAAAGCAGUAUCUACAAAGCAAUGGACAGUCAGUAAGAUGCCAAGCUCUGUUCUUAAUCUUGUUGUGUAUGCCAAGAAACAGGAUGAUGCAGAUUCAGCGCUACGAUCAUUAGAAGAGAGCUUGAUCAAUGAUUAUAAAGAAAAACUUAUUGAGGAUACUGUAGUUAAAGAUCUAACUAAAGAACAAGAAGCUAAAAUUAUGAAGUUAGAAGAAACAUGUGAAGUAGAGAUAGAAUUUAACAGGAGAAUAGGUCGUAUCAAAGUCAGAGGUUUGAUUGAAAAUCUCUCUGAGGCUAUGGAUGAUGUCCACAAAAUUCUACGAGACUUUGACAGACAAAGACAGAAACAACAACAUGCCAAGUUAGUAGCAGACAUGGUGCAGUGGUAUUUUAUUUCUGUAGAAGAUACUGGACAAAAACUGGAAGAGUAUCCAGCAGAAGUUAAUCUUCUUUUAGAACAAGCAUUAAAAAAUAAUGAACCAAAGGCAUUCUUCCUUGAUAACAGUGGAAAUAAAUAUAUUGUGGAUUUUACUGAUUAUGAGGAAUAUCCUGAGGAUGAUCCAUCUGAUACUGUGGCUGUCCUCAGAAAGUCUAAAAUGACAGAUUCUGCUUUUGAUAUGCCAUCUAACUGGGCAGCCAUGGAUCAAAAUGAGAAUAUAAAGAUUGUUACAUUACAACCAGCUGAUAAAGAAUAUCAAGAUGUUGUUAAAGAUUUCCAGACGAAUAUGGCAGGAAACUAUAACAGCAUUGUUAAGAUGGAGAAAAUACAGAACAGAACUUUACAGCAACAAUAUGCAGCUAAGAAAAAAUCCAUGGAUUCUACAAAUGCUAAAGGGCAUAAUAACGAACUAAAACUUUGGCAUGGUACAGCCAUGGAGGCAGUUGAUAGCAUUAAUACAUAUGGAUUCAACAGAAGUUAUUGUGGAAAGAAUGCUGUGGCAUAUGGUAAUGGUGUAUACUUCGCUGUCAAUCCAACUUAUUCUGCUCAAGCCCAGUAUGCUCGUCCUGAUCCUAAUGGUAACAAGAGGAUGUAUAUGUGCAAAGUUCUUGUAGGAGAAUACACAAAAGGACAGGGUGGCAUGAAAGUACCACCACCUAAACCAGGAGCUGCUGGUGGCCAUAUUUUAUAUGACAGUGUCGUUGACAAUCCUCAGAGUCCUGGUAUCGUCGUUAUUUUCCAUGACACACAGGCUUAUCCUGAAUAUCUCAUUGUGUUCAAAUGAUACAGCAUUACUAUGUGUAAGCCAAAUUCAAUAAAUUUUAUUGGAAUUCAAAAGCAAAAUAUCAAUGCUUUUUCAAGUUUGAUGAAUUCUAUUUGUAUGAAGUUUUGACAAUUUGAUAAUUUCAUUAAAAAGGUAUUAGAAAUUUCAUUGUUGUAUCAAGUUGUAUCACAAGUUGGUAAAACUUGACAAAAGAUAAAUUUUCCCUCUACAGUAUGAAAUUGUCAUUAUAUUUAAUAAUUUCUGAUUUUCUCUUGAUUUUUAUGCUUUGAUUUUUUAGACAAUAGCCAUGAUUGUAAUAUGUAAUGAAGACUGUUGUAUUUUCAUUAUUUAGGUUCCAUGAAAUUUCUUUGCAAAAAUCAUUUGUUUAAGUAACUUUAAUGUGCUUUAUCUAGGUCCCAUGUUAUUUCUGUGAACGACCAUAUUGUUGUAUAGGAAACAUUAAUGUGCCAUUGUUUGAAAUAAAUUAUUAUAAAAAAAUAUGUUG